CCUAAACCCCCAACUCUUGCCAUCUUUUUCGCUAAAACGAAAAAAUUCCACUUCCUUCGUCACCAAAAAUGGAGUUUCUCUUCAAUCCAAACCUGCAAUUCUACUUACGUUCCAGAAAUUAACUUGAAUUAGGGUUUUUUAAUUGACAGUGCCUAUGGCUUCUGAAGAAAUGGGCCUGGUUUCGACCCGACGAGUGGAAAAUGGACUCAAUUCACACUCACAGCUCGUUUUCCAUGAAACCUUCAGCUGCGGCCCACCACCACCUCCUCGUCGCUGCGCCGCCGCCGUUAGCGGUGAUCCGGGCCCCAAAACGACCCGAGAACUUACCGGAUUCAUCGACAAGUACGAUAAUAACCACCACCACCAUUACUUCACUCAUCAACAGCAAGCUGCUGAUUUUCGCCGUCAAAUGUUCGCCGACGACCGCGGUGGCGAUGGAUCAGAGGAUGAUGACCUGGAUGAUGACGAGGAUGAUGGCGAUAAUGAUGAUGAAAAUGAAGCUGAAGGCAUCGUUAUAGUUGAAAAUAGUAAUACUACUACUACUACUACUAAUAAUAAUAAUAACAGUGAUAAAGUUAAUAAUAACUGUAGUAGUAAAAUUGGCAGUGAAAAACCAAAAACCCUUUCUGCAUUUGAAGGCGCUAAGGAAUCAGGAAAUGAGGGCAACAUACACGCGAGAAAUGCAGUGACAAUUGCUAGUGUUGAUGGGGAGGUGUAUUAUAAUAGUCAGUAUUUGCAGGGAGGGGAAGGGUCAAAUGCAGGGCCGAAGGAAAUGGGGUUUGAGAAUGGGUGUGGGUUUAGUGGGAGAAAGGAAGGCUGUUAUUCAAGUGAAUCAGGAGAGUCUUUGAGAGCUAUUCUCUCCGAUCCAAUUAUGGGAGCGCUCAUGGAUGAUGCAAUGAUAUUGCCUUGUGGGCAUUCCUUUGGUAGUGGUGGAGUGCAGCAUGUGAUUAGAAUGAAAGCUUGCUAUAUCUGUUCACACGUGGUGUCUGAAGAUUCAGUGGCGCCAAAUUUAUCUCUUCGAGCUGCAGUUCAAGCGUUCCGCCGAGAAGAGGAAUCACAGCUUAAUCGUUCUUUCAAAAGAAGAAAGGAGAGAUAUGACCAGGAUAGAGGGACCUUUGGUGAUUCACCGCUCUCGGAUCAUCUAAGAGGAAGAGGCGUUCAGUUUCCAUUUGCUGUCACAGACAGGGUUAUUAUAAAGGGUAACAAAAGGACGCCUCAGCGUUUUGUGGGUCGUGAGGCUGUUGUUACCACUCAGUGCUUGAAUGGAUGGUAUGUGGUAAAGACACUAGACAAUGCUGAGAGUGUAAAGUUGCAAUAUCGCUCCCUAGCGAAGGUUUCAGGUAACUUAUCAAUCCAGCCAAUAUCAAGUAAGACGGCAGCCAAUUGGCUGUAGAGUUAUAUUCAGUAGAAUGACCAUAACUCUCUCGUCCUAACCUACUGCACAUAUGCCACUUUUGAUACAUAUAGUCUAACUAGCGACAAGCAUGAGUUCUUUCAGCUGUAAUCUUGAUCUUGUAUCUGUUCCACGCGAUUCUCAGGCAUAGGUGUUGUAUAUUAUAAAGGUUGUCUCGUAGCACUACAGCCUUGAGAUGUAAUCAGAGAUAUGAAUUAUAGAGCGACACUUGUAUAAAAUAAAUGAAUUAUACGGAGUCAUUUCCACAGGACUUUGUACUGACUGGACAUUUCAGAAAUAUGAAGAUUAAAAGUAAGCCAUAUGCUCUGAAGUAAA